GCUGUGUUGAGUCUGGGGUGGGAUCAGGUUUUUCUUCACACAAUGAAGAUGGCAGGGAAUUGUAUUUACUUUUUAUUACCAGUUUUAACACUGUCUUGUUACUCAGAUGCUGCUGGUCAUAAUACCUGGCCUGAACUUGGUGGUGGAGUUUUACCACUAAAGCUUUUACAGACACGUUUAAGUGAGGUUUGGUCUAACUUAUCAGUCCCUUUUCCUAUCUGGAACUUGAAUCUUAGACGCAGCUUUAAUCUACGGCUGAUGAACUCUUCUUGGAGUGGUCCGGCUGACACUAAUGUCAUCCAAAAAGGAGAAUCUGUGUACUUGCAGGUAUCUGCGUCAACUGGACCAGACCAGGAGCUCUACAUCCAGUCAUGCUAUGCUACAUCCUCUUCAGACCCCAAUGAUAAAUCGAAAUUUGCCCUCAUUCUCAACAAAGGAUGCGUCUCCUCCAAACAGUCUCCAAUUGAGUUUAUCUCCAGACAACUUGAUUCCAUUAACUUGCUCUUGGAUUCAUCCAGAUUAAAGUUCUCACAGAUGUAUGUACAUUGCAGCAUGGUCUUUUCAUCAGCAGUGACUCCACAUGCUAAAUCCUGCAACUACAAGAACAGCAAAUCAAACUGGGUUGAGUUGGGUGGCCAGACAAGAAUAUGCAAGUGCUGUGAGUCAAAAUGUAAAGGUCCUCCUUCCUAUGGUGGUCUGUCAAAUGAUCUAAAAGCCCUUGUAAGUACAGGUCCAGUUACCAUUAAGGAUGUGGAACAUGAAGGAGAACACUUGCGAUCAAAUUCAUUAAAUGCCACCUCCCAAGUUAGGGAGACAGGAACAAAUCUGAUAGUUUCUGGAACUUUCCUAACUUUAUUGAAAAAAAGCCUGACCACUAUAUCGAAAGAUUCAAACAAGAAACCUCCUUACAGCCCCUCCUUGCUCGCUCAACCUGUAAUGUCCUAUAGCAUUAUGGUUAUAAGCCAAGACUCAGAAAGUGCUUUGUCACUUUGGCUACAAGGACUUUUAAUAGAUGUUGCUCCUGAUAUGGAGAAGGUAAACAAUAUCCCAAAGCAGAAGAGCACAGCCAAACCUCCAACUUCAAAACCAUACUCCCACACCUCUUCUGAAGAAAUACAUCAGGAAGCUCAUGACUGGAGAGCUCUAAAUCCAGGUCGUGUACAUGAUGUUUACAUGAGCAAUUCUCCUGGCUUGAAGAAAAGCUGGGAUCGGAGAGAGAACCUCACUUGGAAGGGAUUUCACUCACCAGAAGAGGAACUGAGAGGUGAUGUGUUUUUGAACUAUAAAUGGCCACAGCACUAUGACUUUUCUGACGAAGUGCAAGUAGGUGCUUUAAUGUCUGAUUGGCCAGAAAGGCUUCCUGAGAAGCUUUGGGAGAAAAAUGAAACUGCAGUUUAUAACCAGACGAAAAAAGAUGUUGGAGAUGAAUUUGAAAAAACGAUGUAUGUGAAAAUUAAUUUAAAUUUUAGUCAGGCUUCAGAUGGGUCUACUUCUCUUAGCUAUGAGGAAGAAGAAGGGUUUCUCAGCAUAGAUGAGCAGGAGGUGAAGAAAAGUGUGGAAAAGAUGGAAUGGAGAAAGAUAGAAGAAAAGGGAAAGAUUUUGUUGGGGAAAAAAUUAAUCAACACUCCAUGACCGAUCUCAAUCCAGAAUUGAACAGGACAGUGAUAUAAUUGAUUAAUGAUGCUUUUUAAUUCAGGUAGUCUGUAUGACCAUGUUAAGGGCAUCAAUUUUCUGUGUAUCGUGUCCUCAAACUCUGUGUACUUUUUUUUUUUUUUUUUUUUUUUGUCUGCAGCGGAUAGAAUAAGUGACACAUAACUAAUGUCCUGGUUUAUGAAUGUCUGCUGUAUGUACUGUAUAAUGACCUUUUGUAAAUAAAGGUUUUGCAAGAAA